CGGCGUCCCGCUACAGCGACGCGGAUCCUAUAUGUAUGGCACGCUCCGCUUUUCUGUGUACGCCGUGUGCUUCUCCCAGCUUCUGUACCAUUGAGAAACAGUAGAAUCGUCUUUUGUCUACACGUCAAGUAUCCUUCACAGGAUCUCCCGCCAUCAUGGCACCCUUAACAUUCAUUACGGUAGCAUCCGCGUUGGCUGUAUAUGUACUCUACAAAGUCUUCGCAGCAUCACGUCGUCAGAAACUCCCGACUGGAUUGAAGCCUCUCCCCGGUCCCAAAGGUUAUCCCAUUGUCGGCUCCGUGCCUGAUGUGCCUGAGAAGAAUAGCUUCGUUAAGUUUUACGAAUGGAGCAAGGAGUAUGGUCCCAUCUACAACGUCAACCUAGCCGGCUCAAACCACGUUUGGAUAUCGUCGGACCAGAUCUCCCGGGACCUGUUGGCCAAGAAGGGCGCCAUCUACUCUGAUAGGCCCCACAUUCCUGCCUUGCUCGAUGACAACAGGACUAGCGCACAGUACCUGCCGCUCCUCAGCAAGAAUGAUGGCUGGACUAGGCAGAGGAAGUUUGCCAAUGUCAUCAUGCGCGAGUCGGAGAAGGCGCUUUUCCACCGUUACCCGGAAGUGGAGGCGAAGCGUAUGCUUGUCGAACUCCUAGAUGACCCGGAGCGCUACAACCACGCCUUGGAGUCUUUCAUUUCCCGUGUCACCUGCCGCCUAGCCUGGGGCCACAGCGAAGCAAGCGAUGAGCUUAAGCAGCGUGCUCGCGAGCUACUGAUUGGUGUCUCGCCCACUGGCGCUCUCGGGAACAAGCUCCCAUUCGUAAUGUCACUUCCAGACUGGCUCGCCCCGGCUAAGGCAUGGGAAAGAAGACGUGCCAAGACUGAGCGGACGUUCUUCGAGAUCAUGCAGAACGAGGUCGAGAGGGAUAUUUCGGAGAAGAAGGCACCGCAAUCGUGGAUGAAGAUUUUCCUCGACAACCGGAGCAAGUGGGGCUUCAAGUACGACCUUGAGGGCGCGUAUGCCGUUGGUAUGCAUGGAAUUGCCGGAGCCUUGACUAUCGCCGCGCCGAUGCAGACUUUCUGUUUGGCCAUGUGCUUCUACCCGCAGUACCUGCCUAUGCUGCAAGAAGAGUUGGACCGGGUAUGCGGUGACAGGCUUCCAGUGGCUGAGGACCGACCGAACCUCCCGUUCCUGCGAGCAGUCAUUCGAGAGUGCAUGCGCUGGCGCCCGCCGGUCCCGACUGGCAUUCCGCACGAACUGAUCCAGGACGAUGAAUACAACGGCUACUUCAUUCCCAAGGGUAGCGUCAUGCACCCGCUCGAAUGGGCCAUUGCCCGUGAUCCUGCUAUGUUCCCCGAUCCGGAAGCAUUCAAUCCCCUCCGAUGGGUCGAGCCCGGCUGGCCAACCUACCAAGAGCCCCUGACCCAGUUCCCUACCAUCAUCAACAUCACCCAAUUCGGCUACGGACGACGCGUAUGCCAGGGCCAAACCGUCGCGGACGAGGAUCUCCUCAUCGGCAUCGGCUCCAUCGCCUGGAUGUUCAACAUCUCGAAGCGACCUGAGGAUCUCUCCAUUUCCACUGCACCGCUCGAAAUGUGCUCCGACCCGGAGAAGAUCGAGACCAUCGGCAUGAACGAGAAGGCCUCCAUCUCGGCCGAAGAACUCAACACCGGCGUCGACGAGCCCAAGUCGCCCACCCUGGAAGACGUCAUCCUCUCCAAGUAUAGCUACCCGGGCACAUACCCCGACAAGGAAGAGAAGAAACCCGCCGAGCAGCCAGCAGCAGCGCCCAAGAAGCAGGAAAAGAAGACCAAUGCAAUCGAUCCCACUCUCGACUUCACAACCCUCCUCAUCGCAAAGCCCCUCCCCUUCAAAUUCCAGCUCCGACCUCGCGACUCCGAGCGCGCGAAUAAGGUGCGCGAGCUCUUCAGCCAAGGCAUGGAGAAGGGCGACUACAAGGACAGCCGCGAGUUCUGGGGCGACAAUCAGGGCCGGGACAAGCCCGUGGGCUGGGGUAAGGUAUGAGCAGGACAGUACACCGCAAUACGCGUUGCGCCAUGCUGCUGCUGCGCCGGUGUGGCAAAACUGUAAAGCUUACA